CGGCCGUUCAUAGCUGCGUGAUGAGGAGAGCUGACGCGUUGCCGCGAACUGCUACACCGUUGGUAACACGUCCUCACUCACAACUUUGUUGUGAUGACUCAAGCCGGGGUGCAAACUGCAAGGACUGCUCGGGGACGCAAGCUCAGUGGCCCGCGAAUCCACACGCGCAGGUCUAUUACACACCGCGGAAGCCUCACAGGAAAAGAGACUCCCUGCACAAGUCGCCUGGACUGGCUGAAGGACCUCUGUGCAACAGGCUUGAGUGUCGAGACUUCUACCAGUCGACAGAUCAUCCUAGGGCAAGGACGAGCAAGGGAAGAGUGUACCAAGACAAGGCCAUCGAAGAGUUCACAGACAUACAGAACUGGCGCUAAGACCCGAGAUGGCUGCGUUUUCAAGUGCUCGAGUCACUCGAGCGGGGUCUCAUGUGUGUGUUCGAAGUCGACUCUGGCAGCCUCCAGUAGGACGAAGUUCGACGUGGUUGCCGACGUCAAGCGCCGGGUGCUCUCUGAGACAAUUCCAAUCAUCCUCGAGCACUCCAACCCCUGCGGAAGAGGCUCCCCGCCGGUGCUAUCUAUACCAUGCGGACGUACACGCUCAAUUGUUUCUGGCAUCCGUCUCGCCCAAGAACCUGACGUCAUGCUUCAAGGACCCUCAAUUCCUGGACUUUUUCUACCGGAAUCUCAGGCCCAAUCCCUACACCUUGGGUCUGCAAGACGGCGACGCCACAGAAGAUCCCGGCGCUCCAGCUGUAGCGAUGGCGCAAUCGCUGGCCUCCAGCAAAGACUCCAACGUUGAAGAAGAGAUGGACUACGAAGCGUGGGAUGGGCCUCUCCUAGCGCCCUCCAAAGCUGCCGAGGAAGCGCACAAAUUGGGCUUUCACUGGCUAAGUCCUUGCCAAGGAGAACAAAACUUUUUGAGCUCUGCGCCCGGUGGAACGGCAGUGGUGUUCAGGGAACUGACAGAUUUGGGCGAGCUGACGUGGGGCGGAAGUUACAAGUUUCCCUUCCAACCUCGCGCGCUAAGGUUUGAUGCGCAAUCUGGCUACGUCUACCAUCCUUCUCCACCACGGCCGCAAUCACGCACAGCCGCAGACAGAGCAAAGCGCAGCAGCUCAAGCUCGGGGCAGGCCUCGAAAGCAAGCGAUGCUGCGAGUCCAUAUGGCGCAUAUUCUCUAUUGUGCUCCAAUCUUGUGCUGUCGAGGCUAUCAGAUGGACUGGAUCUGGAUAUCACCGGAGAGCCGCAGUCCUCGAAGAGCAACAAAGACGCACCUGGUGGCUCAAUCGAGUAUCAGGGGAAAAGGUACCCUAUAAGGCUCUUGAGACCGCAGGAUGCUGGUCCUUGGAGCGCUUUGCGCCCAUCCACUCGACCGUGAUGCUGACAUUGCGCUCUCGGCGCGUCACGCUCCGCUAUUGGAUAGUAUUGCAAAUGCAUGGCGAUAUAAUGUGAUGUCGCGUGUGCAGGGCGAGUGCGAGGAAGCGACUGGGCGGCAAUCUGGGGCAUGUAGUAGAGAAGGCGAGAUCUGACAAUUCAUCGAUGAAAGGCUUCCG